GCUGCGCAGUGCUUCGUCUCUAGGCUCCUCUCGCUUAUGUGUGCGUCGAACGCUGCUGUUGUUGCCUAUACUGUGCUGUGUAUACUGUGUGUGUUAACGAGCGAAAAAAUAAAAAUCCAUGUGCUAUGAUAUGACCCUUUCCCCGUUUCUCCUCUCUCCUAUUCCACCACCACCUCGGCCAGGAUCCGCGUGAACGGAGGAGGACGACCACUCCAACGCCUAUGUACUAACCGUCCGUUGGUUAAUUCCGCAGAACCGAAGGAAAGCUGGCCGGGGAAAUGAACAAUCUGGGAAUUGUGGCCCGCGGUGAAUUCAUCGUCGCUGGACGCUACCGUCUGGUCCGGAAGAUCGGCGGGGGAUCCUUUGGGGAUAUAUACCUCGGGAUCAGUAUCACCAGCGGGGAGGAGGUGGCCGUGAAAUUGGAGCCCAAAACGGCAGCCCAUCCGCAGCUGCUCUACGAGUCUAAACUGUACAAAAUCCUGCAAGGUGGUGUGGGGAUUCCUCAUAUUCGGUGGUUCGGCACGGAACGCGAAUACAAUGUCCUGGUUAUGGAUUUGCUGGGCCCAUCCUUGGAGGAUCUCUUCAAUUUUUGCGGGCGCCGUUUCACGAUCAAAACCGUGCUCAUGCUGGCUGAUCAGAUGAUUGCUCGUGUGGAGUAUGUCCACAAUCGCAAUUUCAUCCAUCGCGACAUUAAACCCGAUAACUUUCUCAUGGGCAUUGGACGGCAUUGUAAUAAGCUUUUUCUAAUUGACUUCGGUCUGGCCAAGAAGUACCGCGAUAGUCGCACGCGCCAGCAUAUUGCCUAUCGGGAAGAUAAGAAUUUGACCGGGACGGCCCGGUAUGCCUCCAUAAACGCUCACCUCGGCAUUGAACAAAGUCGUCGUGACGAUAUGGAAUCUCUGGGCUACGUGAUGAUGUACUUCAACCGCGGCAGUCUGCCCUGGCAGGGCCUCAAGGCCGCCAAUAAGAAGCAGAAGUACGAGAAGAUUAGCGAGCGCAAGAUGACCACUGUAGUGGAAACGCUCUGCAAGGGCUAUCCGGCUGAAUUCGCCAUGUAUCUGAACUACUGUCGCGGAUUGCGCUUCGAAGAAGCGCCCGACUACAUGUAUCUGCGGCAGUUAUUCCGUAUCCUCUUCCGCACCCUCAACCACCAGUACGACUACGUGUUCGACUGGACGCUGCUGAAGCAGAAGGCCGCCUCCGUCAACAGCAGCAGCAUCCCGCAAAUGACGGGCGCCAGCGCGGCCACCCCGGCCAACGCGCUGCACUGAACGCGAAAAUCGACAACUAUUGGGACAAAUAAUUGAUGGAAAAAUUCGGAAAAUAAUUCGAUGGGCUGAAAAAUUCGGGACAAAUAAAUCCAGCGCAGCGUGUUGAUUAUAUUGUCGGGAAUUUAUAUUCGUGUCAUGUGUGCAUCGGGAAUCCAGUCAAAACAGUGGCGACGAUGGGGGGCGGGGCGACGACGACGUUUUCUUUAUUUUUGACUAAAAUUGCGUUCUUUUUCUUCUCUCUCUCGCGUUCUUCUCUCUGUUGUCUGGCGCGCGCGCAUUGAAUUGUAAUGGUCAUUUUGAUGCGAGAAAAAGAUGACGGAUGUGUUUUUGUGCGGGCGGCGACUACCUCAUGCAGAACAUUCGCGCGCGGCGGGAGAGGAGAUUUUCGCGGAAGAUUUCCACAACACAACCAGUUGAUUCGUGGUUUUUUCUUCUCUACUCUCUCUCCUCGAUUUAUUUGUUUUUUCUUCUUCUUCACCUCUUUCGGUUGGGCAACGCGGCGGCCGCGCGAUGACGCGGUGGGAAAAUGUGUAGGGAUGAUUUCGUGGCGGUUUUUGAGGUGGUUUAAUUCACGUGUAAAGCGAACGAUGCAGCGAUGAAUGAUCAAUAAAAUGAAAAGAAAAUAA